AUGUCGCUCCUGGCGAAACGCGCUGGCGGAGCCUCGAAGGACCUGAGCCCACGGUCGGUCUGCAGCAUGGCCGCUCGUCCCAUAUCGAACCGCGCCCCGACGACUACCUUCUCAAGAAAUCUGAUACUCCCCGACUUCUGCACUCGCACCUACGCCUCAACGGCACACAGCCUGCCCCGGCCUCCGCCUCGAGGUACCAGAACCCCAACGCCAGCAUUAGACCGUUCUAUACCGCCACCGAACACCUCAAACGGAAACACAGGCAAUGGCCCGUCCACGAACAAGAGCAAGACUACAUCCCAAAUAUCGUCACGCUCUUUCAAUGUCUAUUUCUGGGGCGUGUCGCUCUUCGGCUUCGUGUUAUCCGCCUACCUCAGCUCGCUGUACGUGACAUACCAGCGUGAGGUCAAGGAAUCGGCCAUGCUCGAACUCGACCAGAACGCCGACGUGUCGAGCCGCUGGCUGGACCUGUCGCGCAACUUCGACGACGAGGUCGACAUGUCUGAGAAACUCAUGUCGCUGCGGUCCAAGCGCAGGAAUCUCUGCCAGCAGGCGCAGGGAAACGUAUUGGAAGUCAGUGCCGGGACGGGUCGCAACAUGGAUCUAUAUAACCUAGACCCGAUCAACACGCCGCGCGACAAGAGAAUCAAGAGUCUCGUCUUCAACGACCAGAGUGAGAUCAUGGUGUAUCAGGCACAGAAGAAGUUCGAGCAGCUACAGGAGGAGACGGAUGCGAUUGCCAAAUUUCGCGGUCCGGUCAAGUUCGUCGUCGGCGAUGCCGGUGAUAAACGCGUCAUCCGCAGACCCGAGGGCGGAUUCGAUACUAUCAUCCAGACAAUGGGGCUGUGCAGUAUGGCGAAUCCCGUGGGCUUUCUCAAGAGAUUGGGAGAGCUGUGCAGACAGCCUGGCGAACGGAGCACCGGGGUAGACCUGCAGGCUGUACGAGGACAGGAUCAAGAGAAGCGGAAUGAUCAUGAUGCGGCAGCCAAAGCCAGUGAAGAAGAGACAGACAAAGGCGGUAAGAUCCUGCUUCUCGAGCAUGGCCGAUCCUAUCUCGGCUUCCUGAACCGGUAUCUCGACAACAUUGCCAAACGACAUGCCGACCGCUACGGAUGCUGGUGGAACAAGGACAUUGAUCAGAUCGUGCGCGAUAGCGGGCUGGAGGUGGAGAGCAAGAAACGCUACCAUUUCGGCACCACGUACGAGUAUGUCUUGAGACCGCGGAAAGAGUCGGCCAAAGAUAAAGUGUAA